CACUAAAGCUUUGGAUGACAGCAUGAUAAACCCCAUGUUUAUUGGGUAAGAAUAGUCGCAAGCUCCAAAUAUACAUCCAUUAUUCAAAGUAUAAUCAUUAAUUUGAUUUGUUAAUGAAGAGAACAUAUGGGUUUUUGUAAUUUAGUAUUCCUCUCCAGCUUCCUCCUUCUGUCACAGAUUUCUUGUGCUGCAGAAGUUUAUAGCAUAACUUCUCUGCAACCAUUAGCACAGGGACAAACUCUCGUCUCCCCCAGCCGCAUUUUCGAAUUGGGAUUCUUCAGUCCUAACAGUUCUGGUAAUAAGUACGUCGGAAUAUGGCACAAGAGUAUACUUCCGCGGAAAGUUGUAUGGGUGGCCAACCGAGACAACCCUCUUGCAGUUACAGACGCAUUGGCUAGCUUGACAAUCACCAGCAACGGGAAUCUGCAGCUCGUAGAUGAGAAGCGGAAUGAAGUUUGGUCAACGAACAUUUCGGUUUCAUCGAAUGGUUCUCCAUCUGCACUUCUUUUAGACAGCGGAAACUUUGUCAUCGAACUCAAAAAAGGAGAUGAGUACUUGUGGAAGAGCUUCGAUUAUCCUGGCGACACUCUUCUACCGGGUAUGCUGCUGGGAUUCAAUAGUAAAUCUGGAAAGCGGAGUUUCUCGACUUCUUGGAAAAGUGAGAAUGAUCCAUCAACCGGGAAAUUCUUGGUUGGAUUGACACCGCAGAACCCGGCACAGGUUUUCAUUUGGAUUAAUGGAUCAACUCCUUAUUGGAGAAGCGGUCCAUGGGAUAAAGCAAUGUUCAUCGGCAUACCGGAUAUGGAUGAUCAAUAUCUAAGUGGAUUUCAUCUGGAUGCUGAUUUGCGGCAGGGAACAAAGUAUUUCUGGUACAAUUUAUUCGGCAAGACUCUAGCAUAUCUGUACAUCUCCUCAGAAGGGAAACAUAAGUAUAUGUAUUCAAAAUAUGGAGAAAACUGGAAUCUUCACUGGGAGACCCCAAAAUUUCCAUGUGACAUCUAUGGAACAUGUGGACCUUUUGGGGUAUGCGAAGCUUCGAAAUCUUCAACAACUCCAAUCUGCAAGUGUUUGAAAGGGUUUGCGCCUAAGUCAGUAGAUGAAUGGAACAGGGGAAACAGGACAAGCGGUUGUGUGAGGCAAACCGAAUUGUUUUGUGAGAGUAACACAAAUCAGUCAGUCUCUUUGAGCAAAAAAGAAGAUGGGUUUUGGAAGAUGUCAAGUGUAAAACUACCAGAUUAUCAUGAAUAUUCGUCUUUGGAUGACGAAGACUGCAGGAUACUUUGCCGAGAUAAUUGUUCGUGCCUGGCUUAUGCUUACGUUAACGCUAUAGGGUGUUUGGUCUGGUUCAAAGACCUUAUUGAUAUUUCAGAGUUUUCCUCUGGUGGAGCAGAUCUUUAUAUUCGCUUAGCAAACGCAGAACUCGGUGAAGAACAAACGCAUAUAAAGUUAAUUGUCAGCCUCGCAUUGAUUUGUUUUAUCAUCAUGGCUGCCAUUGUGUUCGGUUUGUACAAGUUGCGAGCCAACCAAAAGGGAACCAUCAAAGUGACGAGAAGUGAGAUUACAUUGACUGAUACAAUUGAUUCAUCAAGGGAAAGUCUUCAGGAAUAUAUUCGAACGCAUGAUCCAUCAGAGCUAUUAAUCUAUGAAUAUGAUUUCGAUAGCAUAUUAACUGCUACUAGCAAUUUCAGCAUCACAAACAAGCUCGGAGAAGGAGGAUUUGGAGCAGUUUAUAGGGGUAAGCUAGAAGAAGGGAAGGAAAUAGCAGUAAAAAGACUAUCCAGCAGCUCGGGGCAAGGGAUAGAAGAGUUCAAGAAUGAGAUGCUGUUGAUCUCCAAACUCCAACACAAGAACCUCGUAAGGUUGAUGGGCUGCUGCAUCAAAGACGAUGAGAAGUUAAUAAUUUAUGAGUUCAUGCAAAACAAAAGCCUGGAUACUCUUCUAUUCGAUCCAAUGAGAAGAGGAGUGCUUGAUUGGGCAAAACGCUUCAAUAUUAUUCAAGGUGUAGCCAGAGGACUUCUUUACCUCCACCAUGAUUCCUGCUUGAAGGUAAUACAUAGAGAUUUGAAGGCAAGUAAUAUACUCUUGGAUGAGAACAUGAACCCAAAAAUUUCGGAUUUUGGACUGGCACGUAUCUUUCAAGGAACACAGAACUUAGCAAACACUCAGAAGGUUGUGGGAACUCUUGGCUAUAUGUCUCCAGAAUAUGCCAUGCGCGGUAUAUUUUCUGAAAAAUCUGACGUUUAUAGCUUCGGGGUCUUGGUAUUGGAGAUUAUUGGCGGCUGUAAGAAUACCAGCUUCUAUGACCAUGAAACAGAGCUAUGCUUCCUACCUUAUAUAUGGCACAACUGGAGUGAAGGCAAGGGAUUGUACUUAGUAGACGAAGUAUUGGCGGAUUCAUAUUCCGCAUCAGAAGCAACGAGAUCCUUGCAUGUUGGGCUUCUUUGUGUACAAGACAAUGCUGCAGAUAGGCCAACCAUGCCGGAAGUGGUUUUCAUGCUAAGUAGUGAGACACAUCGUCCACAACCUAAGCGGCCUAUAUUCACUUUCCAAAACUCAGUUUCUGAUCGUAGGCCGCGGUAUGACAAUACUUGCUCCGCCAAUGAAGCCACCAUAACGCUUCUUGAAGGACGAUAGGCAGAAGCUAAAUGUUAUUUCACAGUGAAAUGUUAACAUCCUCUAAUGCCUUCCAAACUUGGUUGCACAGACACUCCGAAACCCCGAAGUGUGGGAAUGUCAAACACGCCCCGGAUACGGUUUGGACAAGGUCAAGACAAGACAAGAGCUUUUCCGUAAAUUUCAAAAAAAAUUGGGGGCAUUUUUGGAGAUAAAUAAAAAGUUUGAGGCAGUUUUGUAAAUAUAAAACAAUUGAGGGCAGUUUGUAAAUAUAAAAACUUAUAAAACCUGAAGUUUAUAAGUUCCUUUUAUGGUGGGGGGUGGGGCAGUAUCAUAAAUAUAAAAACUCAUUGACUCCAAAAUUAGAGGCAAGCAUUUCAUAUUUUGAUUAGGUGAGUAGUUUUUUUUAAUAUAUGUAAUACUUAUUCUAAUUUAAUCGUCGUGUUUUAAUCG